AUGUAUCAACCUCUUCUAGUGGGCAAAUCACACAAGUACAAUGAUCGCGACCAUGCUGGCCUUGCCGAUGGUACCGCUCUCCCACAAGAGCAUUUGCCUCGUUAUUUCGCAAAGUCAGGUCAUAUUGAUGCCGAUCCGAAGAAAGCCAAGAAGAACGGUGCUGGAAAGGGUGGAUGGGGUGUAAAUGGUGAAGAAGUCCAAGAUGAAGGUUUCAAUAUGGCCAAUGCUCGUCGUCGUUCCAACAGUAGCUCUUAUACUGCCGGUCUCAAAGACUUCAAGACCAAAUUCGAACAAAUCGAAACCGAGCCAGUUUUUGAGGAGACCAUCCAUGGCGCCUUGAUGGAGGAACUUCCAGAGACUACCCGCUCCAACACAAACACUUCCGAGAGUAGCAGUGUUGAUGAGGAUGUCAAGGCCAAGUAA